AAGUAAAACCACUUCACUGAUUGUCUGGCUGUCAUUGUAUAACUACCUUCCGUAGCUUCACGGCUGUCUAAGAAUAACAGGCUAAAAUAUGGCAGGGCGCACAGUUCUAAAGAGCCUUCCACCACCAAAAGACUUUUGCCUAGAUGUCAUGUUAGCUUUGAACAACCAACGACUGGAAGGAGUUCUUUGCGAUGUUACAUUGAUUGUAGAAGAAACGUCUUUCCACGCUCAUAAAAGUGUACUAGCUGCAAAAAGUCCUUACUUCCAUAAGCUAUUCACAAGCGAAAUGGCCGAGAAAGCUCAAGAAAUGAUAAAAUUCGAGCUCAGCUCGCUUGGGCUUUCAAAAAGUGUCAUGGGUGACAUGUUGUGUUAUCUGUACACCGGGAAUUUGAAUGUUCUGGCUUCUCAAGCGCAAGAUUUUCUCAUCGCUGCGGAUUAUUUUCUACUGUCAGAGUUAAAAGAUGCUGCAAUCAAUGUUCUGGAGUCGAUGAUAAACCAAGAAAACUGUUGUAUACUUUUAGAUUUAGGGGAACGAUUUUCAAGUGAUCAUCUCGCUAAUUCUGCAAGGAUGUUCAUUGAAAAUGUAUUUUCUGAUUUUCGUCACACAACAGAGUUUCAAGAAUUGACCCUUCGGCAAUUUCAAGAAAUUAUAUCAAGCGAUAAUUUGGUUGUAACAGACGAAAAAGAAGUAUUUGAAGCAAUUUUAGCAUGGGUAUCGCAUUGUGAAGACAAACGAAACAUUUAUUUUGAACAACUUUUUUCGAAAAUUCGUCUCAAUUCAUUGGACAACGAAUUCCUACAAUUUCGAGUUCUCGGUGAUAAAUUUGUGGCAAAAAGUACUAAAUGUGUUAGUAGAAUUGAGAAAGUCUUUCGUUCUCGGUUAGAAGCCAAACCCUACGAUAUCCCGCUGGAAAUACCUCGAAAAUGCCUUCAGCCUCCCGUGGACAUUGUGCUAACAUGCGGCGGUAUGACCCCCCGGAGACCAGCCCACGCUCAUAUGUUACGCUGUUACGUUCCAGGGGGGCAGUGGUACGAUUUACCACCUAUGCCGUGUAAACGGAAUUGGCACGGAGUUGCAAGCUACAGCAAUGCGUUUUACGUUAUUGGAGGGGAGAAAGACGGCGAACCUAGCGCGUCUUGUGAUAGGUUUGACUUGCCUUCGAGAACGUGGAGAGAGAUGUCUCCGCUGCUACGUGGAGUUGUUAUUCCCGCUGUCGCAGUCUUGAAAGAGUUUAUCUAUGUCAUUGGCGGUGUGCGCAAUUACCGCGCGAGGCUUCAAAUCUACAGCACAAAGACAAACAUGUGGGCAUAUGGCGAGUCAUUGAGUGUUGCUAGGGAAAUCACAUGCGCUGUUGCUAAGGCCCCUUACUUGUAUGCAAUUGGUGGAUUACGCAGCGACUUAGGUGCAUAUAUGUGUUCCGUGGAAAAGUACGACCCGGCACGGGACAGUUGGAGUGGGGUGUCAGACAUGCUGCACGCUCGAGCAGGGGCCGUUGGUUUGGCAUUGAACGAUAAGCUCUACGUUCUUGGCGGCGAAUCCGAAGUUCGCGUUGCUUUAACAUCAUGUGAGCGAUAUGAUAUCGAUCUGGAUGAAUGGUCAUCGAUUGCUCGCAUGGGCGUUCCGAGGUAUUUCGCUGGAGUUGCUGCUAUUGGGGAUGGAUUUUAUGUGUUUGGAGGUGUUGGGGGAAGCAAUGUUGACUGUGAUGAAAAAGAUGUUGUGGAAUUUUAUGACGUGUCUGAGAAAAAAUGGACGAGAACUCUGCGCAUGCCCUGGGGCGAGAGGUUCUUCAGGUGUGCUGUAAUACAAACAAGGUGGCAUCACUUACGUGGGUUACCUGUGGUAGUAAAAUACGAGUCAUAGAAGGACUGGUGACAAGAGAUGCCGUGCUGCAUUCAAAGGGUCAUGUUCAAGGGUGACAAUUCACAGAGUCUUCUUUAUGAAGUACCAGCCUUUCAAACGGAAAUUGCUGUAUCCCCUGGGAGAGAAGGGACAAGAUCACAUUAGCAGAGUCGACCGUGACGGGUGAAUUGAAGGUGGUAAAAAUCUUAAUUAAAAAAAUUAUUUGCCUGGGGCAGGACCACAGCUCCUGAGACCUCUCCAAGUAGAGUUUUUUCUAAAUUUUCUAAAGCUACCUUAAUUGCUUGAAUAAGCGCCUAUACCUCCCCUAAAUAAGCAAAGAGAUAAACUAGCCUGAAAUGCAUGUGUUUGCCCGGUGCUUUUAUAGCGAAAAAUCGGCCUCGAGCGAU